AUGAGUUGGGCAAACACAGAUGCUGAUGAGCACCACGCUAUAAAGGGCAGCUCCUCUCCUGUCCCGGUGAACCGCGACGAGCCGCUAUUCCUCACCAUCUCCGGAGUACAGGGAUCCAGGAGGAUGGCGGCCGCGGCCAGACUCACCCUGCUGCUGCUGGGCUGCGUGGGGCUCCUGCUGCCGGUCGAUGGCAGGUAUAUAAGCUACUGCCCCGACGGCUGGUCCUACUACAAGCUCAGCUGCUUCAAGUACUUCACGGAGUCCCGGAGCUGGGACGAGGCUGAGAGUCGGUGCGAGGAUGUCCAGAAAGGCGCUCACCUGGCCUGGGUGGAGAAUGCCCAGGAGGCAGUCGUCCUGAGGAGAGCCAUCUCCUACUACCAGCAUGUGCAGCCCGUCUGGAUUGGACUCCAGAAGAAUAAAGAGAGCCAGGCCUGGCAGUGGACGAGCGGGAAGGAGUACAGCGUCGCCAGUGAGAUGCCAGGGAACAGUGCCCGAGGGGGGAACUGCGCCGCGCUGACCCAUCACAGCGGUUUCUCAGUGUGGUCCAGUGCCGAGUGCUCCCAAAAGCAUCACUUCAUCUGCAAGUUCUACCCCUUGCACUGAGCACACCGCUGGCCCGAGCGGGGUCCAGCGCUCCUCCCGUGCCGCCUCCGACUCCCUUCCCUCAACUCCUAUAAAUACACCUUAUAAAAAAAAGAGAAGCAUGA